AUGCAGCUCCUCCGGCCGGCCUGGGCUUUGACUGCCGCUGCGGUCUGCAUCCUGCUGCUGCUGCUGCUCCACAACCAAAUCCUCAGAGAAGGUCAGCUGGCGGCGGGGACCUGUGAGAUUGUUACUCUGGACAGGGACAGCAGCCAACCAAGGAGGACCAUUGCACGACAGACGGCCCGCUGCGCCUGCAGGAAGGGGCAGAUCGCCGGGACGACACGAGCCAGACCGGCCUGUGUCGAGGUUCGUAUUGUCAGGAGCAGACAGUGGUGUGAGAUGAGUCCUUGUUUGGACGAUGAAGGUUGUGAUCUACUGGUCAAUCAGUCGGGCUGGACCUGCACACAACCAGGAGGCCGAGUCAAGACCACCACGCUGGUAUAUACCUUAGAUUGGGUCCUGCCGUGUCCCAAAACUGGUGUGGGGUCAUUGUGA